AUGCAGAUCCAAAAACUCUGUUAAUUUAUUGCUUUGCUCAUAGCUUUCUUCAGCUACGGAACCAUUUCCGCCGUCACAUUCAACUUCAACCAUUUCGACGGAACAAAUCUAAUCUUCAUUGGUUACGCCGAGCUUGGACCGGCAACCGAUGGCAUGAGCCGGUCUGGAGCUCUCACCCGUGACAACAUUCCAUUCUCACAUGGUCAAGGCCUUUACACAUAUCCCAUUCCAUUCAAAUCCUCCAACAACACUUCUUCUUCUUCUGUUUAUUCUUACAAAACAUCUUUCACUUUCUCCAUCACUCCUAACCGGUCAAGCCCUAACCCCGGUCAUGGCCUCGCCUUCAUCGUGGUCCCAACCAUAAACUAUGAUAAAGAUCUAGGUCUAGUUAACCGAACAACCAAUGGGAGUCCCAAUAACCAUCUCUUUGCUGUCGAAUUUGAUGUUUUCCAAGAUAAACGUUUUGGCGACAUAAAUGAUAAUCAUGUUGGUAUUGAUAUUAACUCUGUCCAUUCGAUGGUUUCUAAGAGAGCUGGUUAUUGGGUUCAGACAAGAACAGGAGGAAGGAAUCAAUGGUUGUUUAAGUAAAUGAAGCUUAGUAGUGGAGAUAACUACAAGGCUUGGAUUGAGUAUAAGAACAAUAAGGUUACUAUUACGCUUGCACCUGCGCAUCUGAAGAAACCGAAGAGGCCAUUGAUUGAAACACAAGUCGAUCUCUCUAAGGUGUUUCUUGAGACAAUGUAUACCGGUUUUCCUGGUUCGAUGGGUCGUGGUAUUGAGCGUCACGACAUCUGGAGCUGGAGUUUCGAGAACACUGCAAAAAACAGCUAA